CGCCCAUCAACGAACAGCUUCGACAACAUUGAGGUUGAGGACGAGACUUUCCCACGAUCGCAUUCCACCUUUGCCUUCCUACAACCUAUCCCUCCGCGCGACAUGUUCGGCGCCUUCAACCGCUUCAUCGGGCUGGACGCCGAGCCAGCCCAGCAGCCCCGAUCGUCGACUGCGGACAACUCCUUCGGCUUCCAGGUACUCCGCAACAAGGACCCGGAGGUGCCCCUCGAGCCGUGGUUUGAUUUUAUCAUCGGGAUCAAUGGACGUCUGAUCGAUGACCCAGACCCGAACCUCUUCGCAACCGAAGUCCGCAAUUGCGCCGGCUCCAGCGUAACUUUUGAAGUUUGGAGCGCCAAAGGCCAAAAAUCCCACACCGUCUCCCUCCCCGUCCCCGCAACCGCAACCCCAACCCUGGGCAUAGCCGUGCAACUGGCCCCGCUCUCCUCGACGCAAAACAUCUGGCACGUGCUGUCGAUCCCCUCGCCGCUGAGCCCGGCCUACCGGGCAGGUCUGCUACCGCACUCGGACUACAUCAUCGGCACGCCGAGCGGCACGCUGCGCGGGGAGUCGGCGCUGGGCGAGCUGGUCGAAGACCACCUGGACCGUACCCUGGUGCUGUGGGUGUACAACAGCGAGUUCGACGUCGUGCGCGAGGUCGAGCUGAUCCCCACGCGCGGCUGGGGCGGCGAGGGCGCCCUCGGCGCCGAGCUGGGGUUCGGGGCCCUGCACCGGUUGCCUGUUGGGUUGGGGGAGGAGGUGGAGGGGCCGGGGGAGGUGGUCUUCGAAACGGCGCCGUCGGGCUCAGCCUCUAGGCAUAUUCAAGGGUACGGGUACGGGUACGGGUACGGGUACGGGUACGGGGAUCAAGGGCAGGGGCAAGGGCAAGAGCAGCACCAGUUCCUCGUGCCGGCGAAUCUAAGCUCCCCGCCUCCGCCGCCUAUGGCGGGGACGCCGACACAUCGCGUGGCGAGUCCGACGACGACGACGACGACGACGACAACGGCGACGGGAGCGGUAGCAAGCCAUGGACGUCCGCAUCGGAAGGCGAGGGCGGCGCCCAGUGCGUCGGCCUUUGAUGAGUAUUUCGCGGAGGGGUUGCAGAAGAGUAAAGAGUUGGAUUAUGCCCCGUCGAGUCGGAAGGGGACUCCCCUGCCGCCGCCCCCGAAGAAGGGUGGUGGUGCGGUGCAGAGCCCCCCUCCGCCGCCUGUUACGAGUGGCUCGCCGAGUCCCGCGGCGGAGUAGCCAGAGUACUAUUAGCAGCAAAGGAAGGUUCUUAUGUCUCGUUGGAAGUAUCGUGCGUCUAGUCUUGCGGAGUUAAAGCUGUCAGGGCUGGUGGGCUCGGUGAGAUCCUCUUUUCUUGCCGAGAUGGCCCGGGAGUUUACAGAGUUGGUUAGAAG